AUGGCAGUUGACCUGAAAGACAAAACCGCCCCCCACCUCCCCCGCAGACCCUUUGCCAAAUGCCUGCUCUUUCCGCAGGUGGAUGAAGCCUCCUUGAGGCUGGGGGCAUCAAAUCAGUCCAUGACCUCGGAUUUCAUUCUGGUGGGACUCUUCAGCCACACGGGGCCACACCUUGUCCUCCUGUCCCUCGUGGUCACCGUGUUCGCCACGGGCCUCCUGGGCAACACCACCCUGCUCUUGCUGAUCCACGCGGACUCCAGGCUCCACGUGCCCAUGUACUUCCUGCUCAGCCAGCUGGCUCUGCUGGACAUUGGAUUUCCGCUGGUCACCGUCCCCAAGAUGGUGGCUGGCUUCCUGCAGGGGGAGAGCUCCAUCUCCUUCGCGGGGUGUGCCGCUCAGAUGUUCUUCCUGAUGCUCAUGGGCGUCUCUGAGGGGGUCCUGCUGGCCCUCAUGUCCUAUGACCGCUACGUGGCUGUGUGCCACCCGCUGCACUAUGCCGUGCUCAUGAGGCGACAGGUCUGCCUGCUCCUGGCGGGGACGUCCUGGCUCUCGGGCGUGCUGGUGGCCUCCGUGCAGACCUGCGUGGCCCUGCGCCUGCCCUGCUGCGCCUCGCGCACCGUGGGCCACUGGGCCUGCGAGCUGCCGGCCCUGCUGAGGCUCUCGUGCGCGGACACCUCGGCCUACGAGCGGGCGCUGUCCGGGUCCGGGGCGCUGAUCCUGCUGCUGCCCCUCGCGCUGCUCGGCGCCUCCUACGGCCGGGUGCUGGGGGCCGUCCUGCGCAUGCGCUCCGCCGAGGCCUGCCGCCAGGCCCUGGCCACGUGCUCCUCGCACCUCCUCGUGGUGGGGCUCUUCUACGGGGCCGCCGUGUUCAUGUACAUGGUGCCCGGUGCCUACCACGGGCCCUACCGGGACAGCGUGGUGUCCCUCUUCUACAGCCUCGUCACCCCCACCCUCAACCCCCUCAUCUACAGCCUGAGGAACAGGGAGGUUCGCCUGGCCUUGGUGAAGGUCAUGGGCAGGGGCGGCUCCAGGUCACGGAGAUGA